AUGGGACGCAAGGGGCGCAAAGGACAGGGCACCAACAAUCCGCUGCUGCUGCGGAAGCUCAAGGCGCAGUCCCGCCCCCAAGUCAAGGGCACGACGAUCAAGGACUAUCUGUCGCGGCCGCGGCCCACGCUGGACGAGAUCCACAAGAUCAUGAAGGAGCGCGACGCCAAGAACCUCCAGCUCGAGCGCUGGGAGACCGAAAUGGGCCGCGACUGGCGAGCCACCCUCGACGAAAACCGCGCACAGGUCCUGAAGGAGCGCGCGGAGAAGGCCAAGCAGGAGAAGAAGCAGGUGAAGGAGGCCCGCCGGGAGGAGAAGCGACUGGCCAAGCUCAAGCGGCGGCUGCGCAAGGGCAAGCUCACCGACGACGAGGCGCGGGACUACCGCCGCAGCAAGCGCCAGUUCAAGAAGCGCCUGGGCGAGAUGCAGCUCUCCCAGUGGCUCAACCAGGCCGACGACUCUGAAGACGAGAAGCGAGCCGAGGCCGAGCGCCGGCGCGAAGAAGGCGGUGGUGAGGGGCAAGACGGAGAGGAGCCGCCGCUGAAGCGGCCCAAAGUGGCGUGGGUCUUCAAGGACAACGCGACGCAGACGCAGUGGAAGAAGGAGAAGGAGAACGGCCACGUCGUGCAGGAGACCAACCCGGCACCGGUACCAGUGCCGCACGCGGAUGGAGAGGCGAGGGAGGAGCAGGGGGACGCGAGUGGAGGGUAUGGAGGGCAGCUGGGAAUGCAAACGCCACACAUGCCCGCCAUGGCCCUCCUGCAGCAAAACAGUCACCUGCAGAUACAGAUGCUGCAGCAGCAGAUCGUCAAGCUCCAGGAGGUCCUGGCCGCGCAACCCCUGCUGCAGCUCGAACAGAGAGCGCAGAUGCAGCGACAGAUCGUCAUGCUGCAGCAGCAGGUGCAGAUGCACCUGCAGCGACCGCCGCAUAUGCCGUUCAUGCUGGGCUCCCCGCCCUUCGCCAACCCCUUCGCCAAUGCUGCUAGCACCAGCUCCGCGGCGUUGUUUGCCCGUGCGUCGGCCCUGAGCCUGGCCAUGCGGGCGCCUAACCACCCACCAGCACCACUACAAGCACCACCAGCGCUAUCGUCAGCCUCGGUCGCUGCCACCAACUCAACACCAGCGCCAGCGCCGGCUGCCGACACCGAAGGCCAGCCUCGACUGGGCCGCGCCAAGCGCGUCUUUGCGACGACGCAGGAGGCCUCCCAAGGAACUCAGCCACCAGCCGCGACCCAGGAAUGA